GGGCCCGCAAAUCGCAGAACGGCAGAAGUUGUGGCUCGGAGUCCUCGCAGUACGGCGUCGACCGCGAACAGCGAUGGGUGUGUCAAGCGCGGAUGUUUAUUACGACGGUUCGCGAGCAUUCACGUGGCUCGCCGACCUGGCCGGCCUCCCGAUUGACCAGAUGAACUUCCUGGUGACGCAAUUCUCAGCGCUGGGACUAGCUUCCUUGUUGAGGUCUUCGCUGAGCCCACGAGCCGUUAGUCCCGCCACAAGACAUGCCUUUGGCUUGGUUCUCGGCCUCUUCUUUGGUUACUUCAGUUUCGGCAAACAUGCGGUGCAUUUGGCGGCACUUCCGGCUCUCUGCUACGUCGUCAUGCGGACUCAUGAUCCUCGUAGUAUGCAAAGGCCUGUGCUUCUCGUCGCGCUUCUUUAUCUCUCCUGUAUACAUUUUCACCGCCAAGUAUACGACUACGGUUCUUACACCCUGGACAUAACAGGUCCGCUGAUGGUGAUAACACAAAAGGUAACGAGCCUUGCCUACAGCGUCCACGACGGAAUGACACGCAAGGAAGAGGAACUAACUCCCUCGCAGCGAUAUCACGCCGUCAAAAAAAUGCCUACAGCCCUUGAGUAUUUCGCCUACGUCCUACACUUUCAAGCGUUGAUGGCUGGUCCGGUUAUUUUCUACCGUGACUACAUUGAUUUUAUCGGCGGUCACAAUAUUUAUGGCUCGAAAACGUUAGCUGGCUACACGGACAAGAAUUUGAACAGUAACAAGAUCGUCUUGGAACCUUCGCCGCGUCUGGUUGUGGUAAAGAAGGUUCUUGCCAGCUGUAUGUGUGCUGUAAUAUUUGUCUCUUUCAUACCAUCCUUUCCGAUACAAAAAAUCAAAGAGGAUGACUUCAUCGAAAAUACGACUCUUGGUUACAAGGUGGGCUUUCUUAUGGUGUCCACGAUGCUAGUUCGCUUCAAGUACUAUCACGCGUGGCUCUUUGCUGACGCUAUAUGCAACAGUUCGGGCCUCGGCUUCAACGGUUACAAUGUCGAUGGCACCGCGCGCUGGGACCUGAUUUCAAACGUCGACGUACUUAAGUUCGAAACGGCGCUUAGCCUAAGGGACAGCAUAGAGCAGUGGAACAAGGGUACCAAUCGGUGGCUACGCAUGAUCGUUUACGAAAGGGUAGAAACACACAGUACUAUCCUCACCUACGCGUUGUCCGCGCUAUGGCAUGGUUUUUAUCCUGGCUACUACUUGACCUUUGCUGGAGGGGCGUUAUUCACCUUCGCAGCGCGAUCUAUACGGCGACACGUUCGACCUUACUUCCUCGGAUCGAAUGUUUCCAAGCUAUUUUACGAUACGCUUACUUUUUCCACAACUCGAGUUUUCAUGGCAUACAUCACCUUCAGCUUCAUUCUACUCGAGUUCUACCCCAGUAUCAGACUGUACCUACACAUGUACCUUGCCCCGCAUAUUUUGGCACUGGCAGCUCUAAUUCUUUUGCCGAAAUUGUCGGCGCUAAUGCACCACCAAAAGAUUACUACUGCUGCCGCUACGGCUGCAGCCUCGGACAUUUCUACAAAAAAACAUGUGUCGAAUGGUCACGGCGGGCCAGUUGCUGACCGCAUGGCUCACGUCGCCCACCUCGCACAAAAGGCUCAGUAAAUCGGUUAUUGCACAAAGCUGGACAGCUGUAAUUCUAAUCUAUACGUAUAAUACCUACUACUAAUCGUAAGUUUUAUAUAAAGCAAAAAUAUUUUUAUGGAUAUUUUUAAUAAAAAUUACAACAUAUCAUAAACAUACGCGUUCAUAAGCGUUGAGGUUAGAAGGUAGAGAUCAGGUGCGUGCAACUGAGAUCUAUCUCACGUUUAUUCUGAAAAAAAAGGAUAAGAGAAAGGG